AUGUACAUUAAGGCAAGCACCAAGAAAGAAUUCCCCUUUUUUAAUGACGAUGACUUCAAUUCAAGGGUUUUGAGGGAUAGAUUUAAAGAUGGAAACACGGUUGAUGAUAAAGGUGCUGUGAACUAUAAUGGUGGUGGUGGUCCAACUGAUCUAGAGUUGCCAAAGUCAUUAAGUUUUUUGAAUAAACCGCAACGAAAUAGGGAAUCGAGCGAGAGUACAAGGGUUCGUGAAUCCGAGUUGCUGAGAAACACAAAUAUAAAUAAGAGACUGGAUGCCUACUCCAUUGACCAUCAAAAGGGUCCGAAAGCUGGCCAACAAGCAGGUGUGGUUGAUGACGAUGAUGUCCAUAAAGAGUUUUAUAAUUCCAUUAAUAAACGUAUUGCAAAGGUUUCCUCUAUGUCUAUAAACACAGAUGUGGAACCGACAGGUUUAGAAAUUUCUCCUGUGUACAAGAAAUCCGGAGAACUUGUCCGAAGCUCGUUGAAAUACAGGUCCAAAUCGCUGCCAUGUACCCCCAAUGGUGAGGCAAUCAAAGAUGAAGAUAAUUUCCUACUAACGAAGAAUCCCAGGAGGAACCUUAUUCGUAGUAAGAGUGUGCAUUUCGAACAGACCACCCCCAUCGCAUAUUUCAAUAAAGAUGAAAGCCCUUUAGACAUAAGUUUGCAAUUUAAAGAAUUUUUAAAAUUGAAUGGAGAUAAUCACAACAACCUGACCCUUAAUGCUGUGGAUGAUAAAAAUUAUACGUAUGGCAAUACCCAUGUGAAUGGAUUUGGAUCGAAGGACUAUGAUAAUUUUGCAUUUGGCGGCACAGCUGAUGACGAGCAAGGUCUAAGUACAUGCCAUAUACAGGGGGAGAAGACGGCCCAAGCGGGGAAAAACUUACGCUGGAGUAAGUUACAAAAUGAAUUUUUCAAUAAAAUCAGGAACGAGAAGAAAAAUAGAAUAAACCUGAAUCAUAGCAGAGACGUUAGCUAUGAAGCUUCUGAUGGAAUGGACUUGGUUCUCGAAAACGAGAAUUUCCCCGUCCUAUCAAGGAUGAAAAGGAAAGAUAUAUUGAAAAUCAAUCUAUACGUCAAGUUAGUGGAAAGUAACAAUGUUUUCCUAGAGGAACUGGUUAUUAAGAAAAAUGUUGGUGGUGGAAUGGAUGAUAGAACGAAUAUGUUAAGCAGCGUAAAUUUCUUAAGUGGUAAAAUAUUUGUUAAAAAUCUGAAUUUCAAAAAAAGCAUAAAAGUUCGAUAUACAUGGAACAAAUGGAUCACUUAUCAUGAAACUGAAGCAUUGUACAAUUCCAACGCCGACUCUAUCUUGCCUUCGACUAACAUGGACAUUUUCCGAUUUAUCAUUGACUGCAAUAACGUACGAUCUAACUGCAAGAAUGCACUUGAGCUGUGCAUACAUUACAUUUCUGGAGACGAAAAAGAUAACUCCUAUAAAGAAUACUGGGACAACAACAAUGGCAAGAACUAUAAAAUAGCCAUUUAUAAAUAA